AUGAAGAGUAGGAAUAUUUUAAUGAACUUUGUUGCUCUAACUGUGUCAAUAACUGCUCUCAACAUCAUUAUGUCGAAGAAAAAUAUAGCGGAACAGGAAAUAAAGAUCAAGGAUUCCCUAUUUGAAUUUGUUAAAUCCCACAUUCCAGAUGCGGAUUUGAGUUUAAUCGAUGAAAUCGUUUUAUCUUAUGUUAUUUCCGUACUGGAGGAGGUGGGAUCUGAUCCUGUUUUUGAUGUAGAAGGUUUCUGUGAGAUGAUGGCUGCCUAUUUUCCUGAGUUCGAAACUAUAAAUCACGCUUUUGUUUGCCAAUGGAUGUUUACUUUGGAAUCCAAAUUACAAGAAAAUGACGAACCCGAAGGAAAGAAAGAAAUGGAAAUAGAUCUGUCGCUUCCAGAAAUUGUUCCAAAGACGAAACCCAGAACUGUUAGUGUCAAUUCUGAAACUGAUGUGCCGAAACGAAUGCACAAACUAUCCGAAACGAGUGAUGGUGGAUCCACUAGUGAUAGUUCUACUUCUUCCGGUAACGAUGAACUGGAUAUAUUACAAGAAAUGUUUCCUGGAACGUGCCAUAUCGAGAUGAAACAUUGUCUUACCAUAGCAGCUGGUAACGUGGACCGAGCCACCCAAAUCAUCAUCGAUCGCCAAGAAUGCGGCCAAAGCUUGAAUCAAAAUACUCCGCUAACAAUCCAAGUCGCUCGAAGAACCAUCGAUGACGAUGAGCUGAAAAAUCGCAUCAUCGAGCGUUAUUCCUACAUCGACAAGGACGCGUUCACCAAAGAGCAUCGACCCGUCGCUCCCAAAGUCGAGCCUAAGAAGAUGGUACGCUAUCGGGACAACAAGAUAGUCAGCUUAAAAGGCGAACGCUUCACCGAAGUAAAAAAAGGGGAGGACGUCGACGACAUUUCUACAAAGAAAAACAAGAAAGGCCACACUCCGUAA